AUGGCUUGGCCCAACAAGAAUAAAGAUAUGCUUUAUCGUCGAGUCGGUAACUCAGGAUUACAUGUCUCGGCGAUUGGCUUAGGAGGAUGGGUUACAUUCGGUGGACAUGUUGGAAAAGAGGAGACGAUGCGAUGUAUGAAACAGGCAUACGAAUGCGGUGUUAAUUUUUUCGAUACCGCGGAGAGCUAUGCCAAUGGCGAGUCUGAAGUCGCAAUGGGAGAGGCCAUUCAAUCCCUUGGAUGGAAAAGAAGUGAUUUUGUCAUUAGCACCAAGCUGAAUUGGGGUAUGGCAAAUGGCGAGAUUCUGAUCAACAACCAUGGUCUUUCACGGAAACAUAUCAUUGAAGGCACACGCGCUUCUCUAAACCGUCUGCAGUUGGAGUAUGUCGAUAUAAUAUACGCACAUAGGCCUGAUCGUCUUACUCCAAUGGAAGAGACAGUUCGUGCCUUUCACUACGUGAUUGAGAGGGGAUGGGCUUUCUAUUGGGGUACUUCCGAAUGGUCUGCGGACGAAAUACAAGAGGCAUGCGGAAUAGCAAAGAGUCUGGGAUUGAUAGCUCCAAUCGUUGAACAGCCGCUGUACAACUUGCUGGAUCGAAAGAAAGUGGAGGGUGAAUUCCAGCGAUUGUAUUCUCGCUGCGGAUUGGGUCUGACGACAUUCUCUCCGUUGAAGAUGGGACUGCUGAGUGGAAAAUACAACUCUCACCCCACAGCGCCGCCGCCAGGAUCCAGAUUUGCAGACAGCAAUGACAAAUAUGUCAAAAGCGUUCGCGAAGAAAGCUAUGGAAACGAGGAGUGGACCUCUACUAUUCAGAAAGUAACCAAGUUGCAGGAUUUAUCCGAUCGAUUGGGCUUCAAGCUUUCCCAAUUGGCUUUGGCAUGGUGUUUAAAGAAUUCCAACGUGUCGUCCGUCAUAACUGGCGCCUCACGUCCUGAGCAAAUUGUCGACAAUGUCGCGAGUUUGAAAUUGCUUCCCAAGCUCACAGAGGAAAUCAUGGAGCAGAUAGACGCAAUCUUAGAAAACAAGCCGCCAUUAGAUCCUAUCCGACAGGACUAA